UAUUGCUUUAAUCUAUAUUGCUUGAUUGCAUUGUGCUUGCUCUAUAUGCAUUACAAGUUUUCUGCAUACAAUAAUCGUAUUGUGUUGUUGUUUUUCAAGAGAUACUUGUUCUUAUGGUUCAAGAGCUACACAAAUUCUAGAGUUAGGUGUAACUGAGUUUUGUUCAACUAUUCCCAACUCACAUGUUAAGUCUAGAAUUUUUUUUUUUUAGGGUUUUGUCGCGGAAUAGCCAAAGGGGGAGAUUGUAAGGUUGAAUUUAAUCAACUAUCUUGUUGGCUUUAUUCCGUGUCAAAUUUGCUUGUAAUUCAACAUUUAGAAAUCCUGUAUUUAGGUGGGAAUCAUGUAAGGGUAGUGUGUGAGAGAAUGUGAAGGAAAAGCUCAAGAGUGUGCACUCAACAGGGCCUCGCGACUACAUCUUGCGACUAGCUCAUGGCUGGCAAGUCACCAAAGUUGACACACGUGUGAAGCAUGUAGAGGAGCUGAAGAGCCACGCCAGCUGGAGCAUUACAUGACAAAACUUCUAGUCUGGCUAGGCAAUUAGCUCGUGACUCAAACUUGCAACUCAAUGAAGUUGCGGGGUCAAGUCGCCAGACCACUCUAUUUGGGAAAAACUAACCUUUCGCAUUCCAAACACACACCAGUAUAAAUACCCUUUAUACCCACGUAUUGUAGAGAGCUUCUAAAGAGAAUUUUGAGAGAGAAACCCUAGAGAAAAACAAGAUUGAUUCAUCCACAAUUUUCAUCCUUUGAUUCUCCAAAUUCCUCUACUCUUACUCUCUCCAUUGUUACAUCCUUAAAAGGUACAUUAACCAAAACCUUUUCUCACCAUACCCAUAUCUGUAAGGAGGCUAUUUGGUACUUGGGAAGCAAUUAGGAAGGGAUCAAUUGAUAUUGGUUGAUGCUAUAGGUUAUAGUGGGAUCCGGUAAGUUAGAGAAGAUAAAGGUUCGGCGUAACCUCAUUGGAGCAAGAAGUUUGGAGUGCUUAGGUACACUAGGUAGAUUAGGCUUGGAGGGUCUUUUACUGUUCAUGUAUCCCAACUUCAUUCUCUAGUGGAUUAUUGACUGCUUGGAGGGUAGCGGAAAGGUUUUACGUCGAGGACUUCGGUUUCCUCUUUGAUAACACAUCGCUAUGUUGUCUUUGUGUUUGCAUCUCUCUUCCCUUAAUCUUUGCCAUUUAAUUUCUGCUGUGAUUGUGAUUUUAUUUGGUUUAGAUUGUUUUAUCAAUUCUGGUUUAGCUUAUUUUCAUAUUCCGCACAUACAUUGUUUGAUAAUAAGCUUGAAUUGGUAAUUUGUAAUUUGAGGGUAUAAACAUUCAAGUUGUUUUACACCUUAUGUUUUCUCUUCAAUAACACAUCGUUGUGUUGUCUUUGUGUUUUACACACUAUUUGAACAUUCAUGGUUGAUUAAGAGGGGGAUAGAUUAUAUUUUUUGAAUUGAUCAGUGGUCUAGAUGGAAAUUUUAUGAAUUUGAUUGUUCUUGACAGCUGGAGGAGAUAAAUCACUUUGUCCUUGAUUCUUAGUUUACUGGGAGAUUAGCAUACUAAUUUUUAGCAAUUGUACCCUAAUAACUAAUUGACCUCAAUAGGGGACUUUGAGAGUCCAUUUCUAGGUGAAUUGAUGUGCUAAUCAUUGGAAAUUGUCUUUUACAGAUAUAAUAAUUGUGAAAGCCCUCCAUGUAUAACCAUAUUGCAUUUGGUUUGAGUUGUCUCAGUGCUAGUUAAUGUGCCAAGACCGGAAAUGGUAUUUUGCAAGGGUUAUAAACAAGACAGCCUUACAAUUUGAUAUUGUUGUGAGAGAUGGCUUCUGCAACUGGAUUUUUAGGUCUGAAGUUCAAUGUGCUUGGAUCAAAAAGCAAUAUGGUUUGCCUGUCAAAGAGACUGUGCAUUGAAGUUUUUGAAAUGCUAACAAUAGUUCUGGUCAAGUGGCAAAUGAACUUUUGAUAUUGGGCAUGUCUAUAGGAUAGCCAUAGGAGUGACUUUCCUAUUAACUGAAUAUCACAGAGCUUCCUAAUUAUGGAAAGAAAGCUGUCAUUGGAGGUUUGCUAAGUAAACAGUUAAGAAUAUAAAUUUGUUUUUCACUGACAAUGUAACACGAGUUGUAUAAUCUAGAAAGGUGGACCUUCUCAUGGAUUUAAGAUUGGUGUUGCUUGCAGUGAUUAGGUUUUCAAAGAUAAAGACCUGGAACAUUAGGGGAACUUGUGAGAAAUAUGCAGUGUAUAAAGCUCAUUGACUUCACCAAUAAAUCUGCUUUGUCAGUCGCAUUGAAGAUAUUGGAGCAUAAUCUUGCUUGUUAUUCUUCUACUUUCUUUGUUCUGAAACUUUUGCCAUUUUUUGAACAUAUGAUGAAUUAGGAGCCAAAAUUUCCCUGAAAUACUAAUCUAGCUUUGGCUAACCAUGUAAUUAAGUAUUGAAUUCUCAAAUUAUGUGUCACUGUGAUUUUCUUAUAUCAUUCCCCUAAUUCUGUUCAAUAUGAUGACAGGAUUAGGACAAGUUGAAGAGGCAUGGUUUGAUUUAGCUGCAAUUCUGGAGUCUGAGUGUGAUGAAGAUUACCAAAGUGUUGCAAAUGAUUUGUUAUCUCUGAACGGCUUUGAAGGUGCAUCCGUAUCAAGUAUUCCAUCUCUAAGAGAUGCCAAUCAUUUGGACCAUAAUCUCAAUAACCAUCAUGCCUAUUCCACCAAUCAUAUACAGAAACCGGGGGAUUUGUCAAUAGGGAAUUCAACACUCAACUCUGUUAAUGAGGUUUCUAGAUGUGAUGGACCUUCAAAUGAAGCAAACCAUCCAGUGUACCUUGAUGAAGUCUCCUCAUCUGUGGAUGGAAGUCCUGGCAAGGAAGUAAGAGUAUUAGAUAACUGUGGGAUUCUCCCAAGCAACUGCUUACCUUGUCUUGCAUCCACUGUUCCUUCAGUUGAAAAGAGAAGAUCAUUAAGUUCUAGUCCGCCAAGUUCGAGAAAAAAGGCUUCCUCAAAGCUUUCCUUCAAAUGGAAAGAUGGAAAUGUGAAUGGCCCUCUAUUUUCCUCGAAGAUGCUUCUGGAAAGGCCAAUAGUAGGUUCCCAAGUACCUUUUUGUCCAAUAGAUAAUAAAAUGCUUGAUUGUUGAUCACAUAUUGAGCCAAAUACUUUCAAAGUUCGAGCUGUAAAUUAUUUUAGGUAAGACUGUGAGAACAUAGUACUCAAUUGUUUUAUAUAUGCAUAAUUACAUGGCAUAUA